AUGACUGUGGAUUUCGAGGAAGCAUUAACCCUACUUCACAGCCAUUUGAAACUGGAACGCGAUCGUGGUUUAGACCUUUUAAAACGGAAUUUACAGGACAUGAAACAAGAGCAACAAACAGAUGACAUAAUUGUAAAUUUACGUGCUAAAAUACUUGGCUAUAUAGAGCCCUCGACAACGUCAACAUGGGAGGCUCGUCAAGGAGGAUUGCUAGCUGCAAAGUUGAUCGUUUCCAGCAAGCUGACUGAUGAAAAUUUUGUUGAAAUCGUCCGAAUGCGCGCGAUGGCUUUGACGCAUGAUAACGAGGCUAGAGUGCGUCAGACUGCUGGUAUAAAUUACGUCAUUUUUGGUCAUAUUUGCGCACUCUUCACCAGCCUGGCUUUGUUGGUACUCAAUUUAUCCCAGGCAUUCUGUGACCUAUACUUGCAGUUCAGUUAUAUUGUGCCACAUUCAUAUUCAUGUUGCCACAAAUAAUGUUGAAUCAACAUUAUGAGUGGGUGGGUUUUUAUGUGUAUUUUCUUGUCAACGUUAUCUUGUGGCAAUUUGACAAUUAAUGUCCAAAGUAACUAUCACAGUACAGCUUUUGUAUUAUAAAUAUGAAAGUCAAAAUAUGGCAUGUAGUAAAACACUGACUACCGGAACACCACCGGAACACCACCAUUUUGUUUGGGGUUAGGGUUGGGGUUAGGGGGUGUUCCGGUGGUGUUCCGGUAGUCAGUGUUUUACUACAUGCCGUCAAAAUACGACUGAAUAUCAAUCAACGUUAUCUGGAGUGGGUGGGUGGGUGAAGUAAUAACAUUGAUUCGAUGUUAUUUGUGGCAACAUGAAUCAGAAUAUGGACAUGGCCUCUAACUUUGCGAAAGUUAGUUCUUGCCCGCAUAGCCUGAUCCGAAAGGAAUGGUUACAUUAUGUCCUGUGUGAUUCAUAUUCUGGCAUAUGAAAAUUACUGUGAUGACAAUUCCUCUUCAUUUCGUUUAUGGCAAAAUUUAAAAUGCAACCACUUUAAAUGUGCGUACUCAAUUACACAUGCCAGAAUACAAAUUGUACACAUAAAAUCACAACAAAUCAUACAAUAAGUUCUUAACCCUAACCCUGAUGUGUUUAAAAAAUUUAAUAUUUAAAAAUAAGGUUUUAAUAUUUAAUAAUCCUGAUAAAAAUAAAGUAUUUAAAAAUGUUUUAGGGCUUAAUACAAGUUCUGAAGUGAAUAGAUUAGAAUUAUGCAUAUCUUCACUGGGAAUCGAACUUGAACCCACAAGCAUACUAGCCCGAUGCUGUACCACCAUAUCACCAAGGGCAUGUUGAGGAAAUACACAGUAUUGACAAUUCCUUAUCUAUUGGGUUAUUCUAGAAUACAUCCAUACCUCUCCCACAAAGAAAUUUGGAAGUCAACCCCCUACCCCAUUCUGACAUCCGGAUACACGAUACCUUGAAACUGUGAUUGUCAAUGGCAUUAGAAUAUAGCAUAAAAUCAUAAACUAGGGUGCAUUAGAGCAAGAGGUUGUGCAUUGACAUUUGAAGAACAAGAUUUAAGACAAUGAAUAGCAAUGCUCUCCCCCUGAUGAGUAAAAUCAUCCAGAUGACAUUACACAGGGUAAAAUAAUAAAGUAUGGUGCAUUAGGGUGCAAUGAAACUCGAAGGGUAAUGCUGAAUCAUUGUUUUUUAUAUGUUUUAAGGUGAAGUUUUAGGUGUUCUCUGUCGGGAAAUUGGCGCAAUUGUGUAUGAGAAAUGUCGUACUGAGUUACUGAAGAGUGUCGAGGCAAAUUUGGAAAGACAUAUUCCUGGAGAUACUAUGUCAGAGGGGCAAGCAUUCACUGACGAUGCGAUUGCAGUUGAUGUAAGGUUUUCUGACACUCAACAAUGAAGUUAAAAUACAGCCCAGCCUAUCUCUUUUGUUUGUUUGUUUCUUUGGUGUAUGUAGGUUACAAAAUUGCUAAUAUGAUGAUGGAAGGCAAAAAUGCAUAUCGUAAACACAUAAAUUAUACCUUUAGUUAGGAAAGAAGAAUUCUAUACAAAUUGUGCACGAAUCGGCUGGAUGGCGACAUCUUGAAACUAGCAUGAGGUAAAAACUACUUUAUAGAAUUCGAUAUAUCUCAAUCUUUUCAGCUUGCCCGGUGUGGAUGCGUAAUAUAUAUUCACCUGAGUACAUAACACCAACACACAGGGGCGUAGGAACCGGGGAGCACAGGGGGCACAUGCCCCCUCCAAAUUUUUUCAAAGAACCAAAAGUGCCCUUUUUUGUGAUGAAAAGUGCUCUUUUUGUACAAGCUAAUGUCGCUGUAAAUACUAAAUCAAAGAUGCCCUUAGACUUGCCACAAGUUGACCAUGUUUUGUUCGAGGUCGACUUGUGGCAAGUCUAAGGUGCCCUUUUUGUUUGGAAAUUUUUCUUCCUCCCGGAAAAAAUUCUCCUGGAAAAAAUUCCAGGAAAAAUUUUUUAGGGCCCUUUUCAAUAUCCAAAAGUGCCCCUGGAAAUGGGGUGCUUUUGUUUUGAUGCUUCCUAUGCCCCUGCCAACAACACACACAAAAGGUAGUAUCUAAAGAGAUUAAAGUGUAAAAUAUGUUAUAAAAUUAUAUAGUUUGUGAAUUUGGUUUGUGAAUUCAGUUAAUAAAAAAUUAUUGAUAUUUCUGUUAUUAGAUGUUUGCAACAUGUUAUUGAGGGAUGUGGGCCUUCGUUCAGUAAAUAUAUCACCAAGGAACUACUCAAGCUGUUGUUUCAAGCACUGGAUCAUACCAACAGAUUUGUUAGAGAAACUGGCUACCAAGUUUUUGCUUCGCUUGUCAGACUGGGCGUCGGUAAAGGUACGGUAAGGGCCUAUUCAUAUGACCUGGCCAAGUUGUUAUUUGUUUUACAUGAGGUGGGCUAGCCCGGCAAACACUAUACUAGUAUACAAAUUCACACGCUGUUUUUGGCUUUCGCGCACAUCAAAAAUAAUUAAAUGCACGCAAGGGUAUAUGGCAGAUACUGUAAAUGUUUUAAGAAAUUAUCAAGUUUAUAUGUAUAAUUCAACAAGAUUGAAAAUGCACGAAUACAUGUCGGAUAGAUGUAUUAAUUAAUAUCCAAUGCGUAAAGAUACAUGUUUUUACAAGAUGAACGUUCAUAUUUAUAGUGCAAAUCUUUGUACUGAUUUUAUCUUUUUGACCAUCGAAAAUAAACUAUAUGUAACACGCAUUAAAGGCGCGAUUAAUGCAGCAAAAAUUAAUAGGCCUUUUCCUAUGCUGGCUAAUGCUUUAUCAAUUAGCCUUGGGCACAGAUGAUAGAUCAUACUAUAUGAUCUAUAAUCUGUGCCUUGGGGUACUGUUUAUCCACGUCAGAGAAUCUAGACAAUCGAAGCAAUGCGAAAAGCGACUUUUCAAAGAUGUAACUGUAAAUUUACUAUUUCAUAAUACACAACUACUGUAGUAUUAAAGUCUCAUUCCGUGGUGCGCGCAGUCUCGGACAGUCAGACUUCAUGGUAACGCAAAACGUACCGCAAAAAUGGCGGAUAAAACCGAGCUUGGGAAAGGCUAAUUGCGCAGACUAAUUACGCAGGCUGAUUGUCAAUCAAUUAAGAUGUCGUGUCAAUUAAGACGUCGCCUCUAAUUACGUGAUGUAACAAGCAUCUAAUGACGUUGCGCGCAAAUUAGGUGAUGUAACAAAGAGCGCGCAAGCUAAUCAAUCAUAAUUGCAUUUGCUUUCAAAGCGCGCGGAGGUGUACUACUACAGAGAGAAUUUUAUUUGAAAUAUAUCGUGAUUUGGUUGAUACUACAACGGAAAUGAGUGGAGACUGUGGAGAUUUAGAAUUGAGAAGUGAUGUCGAGGACAAGUGGCAAUUUCCAAAACCACGUUUCUACCUUGGAACUGUCUUACAUUCUGGCGUAGUCCGUCCACUAUCGCCGACGUUAGAAGAACACUCUCCAGAACGCGUGUUUCCUGGAAUGGCCAUGCUUGCCGAGAGAUUUGAAACGAUGCGCGAGUGGAAGAACACCAUCGAGUUUGUUGGUUUCUUUUCAACACGGGGAAACAUGUUCGACAGUCGGCAUCAUUGGGACAUGCGUACGAAGUUCUUGGAAGUACGUUUAACAUGUAUGGAUAGGAUUGUCGAGGAUCCGUCCGCGCGGUACCGCAAACCCGAGGGAUGGUUUCUGGUGCGUGUUCCACGCGCGGCUCAGAAAGCUAUGGAAGAUGAGAAGCGGACGACGGCCCUUGCGUGCGAGGUCCACAAGCAAAGGAAGAACUCGGCGAGUAAUAUGAAAGGGAAAAUUAACACCAAGGAACGAAAUUAUGCAAAGAGUGCACUUGGAAUUCGUAGCGAAAGAGCGAGUAAUGUCGAAGUAAAAAACUUUGCAAAGAAUGAACUUAGCUAUAACAUGAAAGAAAACAGCGACAAGGGGAAAAAUUAUGCACAAGUUGGAAUUGCUAUUGAAGGAAAGAACAACUUUGGCAUGAAAAAUGAAAGCAGUUUUGACGAGAAACUACACUGUAAAAGUCUACAGAAAGGACUAAACGUUGAAAGUCGGCGUGACUCGGAAACAUUGAGCAGUUUAUCUGGUACAAGUCAGGAGUAUGAACAUUAUUCUGUAAGCGGAUUACCUGGUACUUCUGCAGCCGAACGUGAACACUUCUACUCAAGCAAUGAUAGUAACAUGGAUUGCUUACAAGACCUCGCAGUGGUUGGAAAAGCAAUUGAGUUUGAAGCGAGUUUAACUACGGAAUUGGUUAAUACAACAGGAAACUGUAAUCUGAACCAGGACAGCUCGUCUAAAGUCGACGCUGAGUUGGUUUUAGAAGACAUUGACGAUAAGGAUUUUGUUCCAGAC